AUGCGCCGCGCCGCCGUUGCCGUCGCCUUCGCCACCGCGCUCCUCCUCCUCCUCGCCGCCUCCGCCGCCGCGGGGUCCCCCGCCGCGGAGCCCACCUGCCCGCGGGGGGCCGGCCCGCCGUUCCUCGACGCGCUCGGAUCGCGCUGCCCCCGCGCCGCCCGGAUCGUGCCCUCCCGGCCCCUCGAGGUGAGAGGAGAUGCUGUUGAUAAAGAGUUGAACCUUCGCUGUACCGGUGCCUCAUGCUCCAUUCUUUUCUAUGCUGCAUGGUGUCCUUUCUCAAGCAAAUUUCGACCAAUAUUUGAAGCUCUCAGCACCAUGUUCCCUCAGAUACACCACUUUGCUGUCGAAGAAUCUUCUGCGACGCCUAGUUUGUUUUCAAGGUAUGGUGUCCGUGGCUUUCCAGCCAUUCUUCUGGCAAAUGAGACUACAAUGGUUCGUUACAGGGGUACAAAAGAUCUGAAGUCUCUGGUUCAGUUCUAUCAAGAGACUACAGGCCUCGACCCAGUUACAUAUAUUGAUGUUGAUCAGCAAGAGAACACUGGAAGUUUGGGAUCAGUCAUGCCAGGAGGCCGGUCUCUGCGCAAAAUGGCGAAAGACGAGCCAUUCCUGUUUCUUGGAGUCCUUUUUAUAAUCAUGAAGGUCGCGGCCCACUUCGUCCCCACUGUCAUUUCCCAACUGAGAGCCUUCUUGAUUGUGCGUGUUCAGAACUUGAACUUAAGAAUCCGUAGGGGGUCAAGCCAACUUAUGGAACGGGCAUUGACUGUGCUUGAUGUUCAGAGGCUUUGGAGCAAGCUUAGACUGAGCAGUAAGACAAGGGACCUAAGUAAAGGGGCGAGGAAUGCUCGAGCAUGGGCUUCGUCGUUUGCGUCUGUCUCACUGGGUGAACCAUCCUCCUUACGGCAUGCCUAGCCUUUUUUCGUGAUGCUGGUCAAUAGUCUAGUUGCUGAUAUAUGAUCCAAAAUUGUUUGGUCUUGCUUCCCCAUCCUGCUAUGUAUGUGCAUCCGCUCAUGUGGGAACACCAGAAUGUAAAUUUUCAGGAUCUCAUCUUGUUGUAUAUAGGGAUGCGUUUUGCUUUGCUGACGCGAUAGCUGAUCUCUGACAUUUGUCUCAAUUAACUUUUUGAUGUAUGGUGAAGAUCUGAGUGUUUUCGUUUA